GACUUCGACAAUGACGCGUUUGGUUAUCUAACCUCUUCCAUGUAUCCACCAGGCAGCCGCCUCAAGUCUUCUCUAAUUCCACCUUCUCUACCGCAAAACCGUCGAUUCUAACAUCAAGCACAGCACAAAAAUCCAAAUGAUCGCAAUUCCAUAUGUAACUGCUUUAACCACCUACUUCAGCUAUGGCUUACUCUUCGUCUUCGGCCAAAUCAGGGAUCUCUUCCGCAAAAUUUUGGACUGGUUUCGCUCCAACAAUCUUCAGCAGGGGUACGCACCAAUCUGCUUGGGACUUGAAGAUUUCUAUAAGCGACGCCUAUAUCUUCGUAUUCAGGACUGUUUUGGAAGACCAAUAUCAAAUGCUCCUGAUGCUUGGUUAGAUGUGAUCGAACGUAACUCCAAUGACAAUAACAAGACAUUGAAACGAACUAGCAAUAUCAGUCGAUGCCUUAACUUGGGAUCAUACAACUACCUUGGCUUUGCUGCAUCGGAUGAAUACUGCACUCCACGUGUAAUUGAAUCAUUGAAGAAAUUUUCACCAAGCACCUGUAGUAGCCGGGCUGAUGGUGGCACAACAAUGAUGCAUAAUGAAUUGGAAAAGUAUGUCGCAAAUUUUGUUGGAAAACCAGCUGCUAUAGUGUUUGGAAUGGGCUACGCGACAAACUCUGCCAUCCUUCCAGUUCUGAUUAGUAAGGGAGGCUUAAUUAUUAGUGAUUCUUUGAAUCAUAGCUCCAUUGUGAAUGGUGCUCGAGGAUCUGGAGCUACUAUUCGUGUUUUCCAACAUAAUACACCCUCUCAUUUGGAGGAAGUUUUGAGAGAACAAAUUGCUGAAGGACAGCCCAGGACGCAUAGACCUUGGAAGAAGAUUAUGGUUGUUGUGGAGGGAAUAUACAGCAUGGAAGGGGAUCUUUGCAAACUUCCUGAGAUAAUAGCAAUAUGUAAAAAAUAUAAGGCAUAUUCCUAUUUGGAUGAGGCCCACAGCAUAGGUGCAGUUGGGAAAACAGGAAGAGGUGUUUGUGAGCUCUUAGGAGUGGAUCCUGCUGAUGUGGAUAUCCUGAUGGGAACAUUUACUAAAUCAUUUGGAUCAUGUGGUGGCUAUAUUGCAGGAUCAAAGGAGCUCAUUCAAUACUUGAAACACACUUCUCCUGCUCAUCUUUAUGCAACUUCAAUGUCACCACCAGCUGUGCAACAAAUUAUCUCUGCUAUAAAGGUUAUUCUUGGAGAGGAUGGUUCUUGUAGAGGAGCCCAAAAACUUGCACAAAUACGUGAGAAUAGCAACUUUUUCAGGUCAGAACUGCAGAGCAUGGGUUUUGAGGUUAUUGGGGAUAAUGACUCUCCAGUGAUGCCAAUAAUGCUUUAUAAUCCUGGCAAAAUUCCUGCCUUCUCGCGAGAGUGCCUCAAGCAAAAUGUGGCCGUUGUAAUGUCUGCUUUUCCAGCCACCCCACUACUGUUAGCAAGGGCACGUAUCUGCAUAUCUGCAUCUCAUACCAAAGAAGACCUGAUUAAAGGCUUGGAGGUUAUCAGCCGAGUUGGCGAUCUUGUUGGUAUAAAAUACUUCCCUGCGCAGCCCAAGGAGCAGCAACAAGAGGAAAAAACAUCAAAACUGGACUGAAAGAGAUGGACAACUCAAGUUUCUCAAUUUCUUUUUUUAAACAAACUUUAAUAUACCACGAGCCUUGUAUAAAUCCUAUUAGUCUUUCUCAAACCUUUCUAUAUUUACUUUUAUUUAUUUAGUUGAUGACGCAGUAACUUUGAAUCUUCAAAGGAAAGUAAAACA